AUGGGCGAAUUAUUUAUUGACCCCGUCUUGGAUAUUCCAUCACUACAACUACGUCUGUCGCCGCAGUACCACUCUCAUGAUGAUGACAGUAACCCUACUAGCAUUCAUGUCUUUAUGACAAUCACAACUCGACCUGGUCGGUUUACAUCGACGACGCCAUUUCUAACGCUUCCUCUUAAUCGCGGGCCUACAGAAACAGCCCGCUAUGAUGGAAAUGCUAUAUCCGCAUCCACCAGCUUGGGCCAGGCUCUCCCACUGCGGUAUGAAGAUGAAAAAGACGGGGCCGACAAGAUCCGCAAAUGGUACCUUGACAGCACUGUAUUAGAAACAGACAUCAUAGUUGAAUUUGUGUCCUUCCCUCGAAAGACGGACAAGUAUACCCCGACUGGACCCCGUAUCGACCUCCGCACCGACGUCAACGGCGGCUUGAUAGGCAUGGGCGAAGGCUUCAUCCCGGUUGUACCUGAAGAAUCUGCAAACAAAACAGACAACACUUCCAAAGAGUGGAAUGUUGGAAUCGAAUGGGACUUGCAGUGUUCUCCUCCAGGGACAAGAUGCGCAUGGUCCUUUGGCGAUGGACCUCGUCAGAAGCACCGAGGCUCUCUCGACGAAACCAUCACGCACGCCAUCUUCGCAGUAGGGCAACUCAAGCGGUAUCCAGAAUGGACAUCAGAAUUACAUCCCCAGACAAAGCAGCGCGAGUUCGCCAUGUACUGGUUCGGACAGCCCUUCCUCGACAUGACGACCCUCCCGCCCUCCACAGAAGUCAUCUUCAACGCCAUCGCCUCCUUCUUCUCAUCCACCAAACCCUUCCGAGUGUUCCUACGACAAGUCCACACCAUAUACGGAGGCACAGGCGCCACAGACAGCUACCUCCUGGAAUACAGCCUCCCUGCCAAGGAUGAAAUAACAGACGACAGCAUGGCGGAGCUGCUCGCCCACGAAACAAUACAUGAGUACACGGUGCUGGAGCCUGCCAAGUCCCUUCCAGACGGUCAGGAAGAGCCCGAGGAGACAUGGUACACGGAGGGUAUUGCCAACUACUACGCCAUUAUUGCGACUUUUGGGGGUGGCGCCAUGUCGCGCAGACAGCUCCUCAAGUCUCUUAACGGUUACGCACAGGCUUACUAUACGAGUCCGACACUUCAUAUGGACUAUGGUGAUGCUCUUAGACGGUCGUGGGAGAAUGUGCACAUCACGCGUCUCAGUUAUGUGCGUGGCUUUAUGUACCUAGUUGCGGAGAAGGCUCGCAUCGAGGCUGCUACCAAGGGUAGUAAGUCACUCGAUGAUGUUGCACUGCAGUUGUAUAGACGUCAGUUGUCUAACAAGUCGCAUUCUAUUUCUGACUACCGUGCCGUGGUGGCGGAUAUAUAUGGCAAGGAAGAGGAGGCCAAGAAUUACAGCGCCAUGUAUCGUGGGGAUCUGAUAGUCCCGCCGUCUGACUGCUUCGCCGACCUUGGACUCAAAUUAGUUCGAAGGGAUGCGGAAAAGUUUGAAUUAGGCUUUGAUUCACGACCCAUGGCGCAGGAUCACGUCAUUAGAAAUCUUGUAAAGGGGACGAGAGCACAUCAGGCGGGUGUGUUGGAGGGGGAUGAGGUGAUGGAGUCGUGGAUGGCAUGGGGAGCUGCUGAUCACUUAGAUAACAUGAUGAGGAUUAAGGUCAAGAGGGGGAAUGAGGUCAAGGAGAUUACGUGGUGGCCUCGAAGUUUUGAAAAGGUCGAGAGUUAUGUGUGGGUUGAGGCGUGA